AUGCCAAAUCUUUGUGGAUGUACUGGAGAAAAGCCUUUUAGUAAACUCCAUUGGCCUUGGAAGAGACAAAGUGGGUCCACUACUGCUUCCUCUAACCGCCGUUCUACAACUCUGGGCGAGAGUAUGGAUGAUACCGAGGUUGCCAAAUCCCCAACAUUAGCUAAACCUGAGGCCGAUGAAGCAGAAGCAAUCAGAAAUUCCAUCCCCCGUGAGUCCAUAAAAUCCACCCGACCUCCAGUAACCUUUGACCUCGAUAAUCCUCCAACAAUGAGAGAGGGUAGUCGUAUGAAUAAGGAGGAUUAUUAUGAACGCAAUCAUUCGCUCGACAUAGAAAGCGGAAUUAGUCCCACAAACGUAGAGUCAGUAUGUUCACCCAAUCGAACUUUCCCCACUUUUUUCGGAUCUAAAUCUGUUCGUUCCUCGGGUCGGAUUUAUCCGGGCCACAAUUCCAUUAUGCUUCGAAGGGGCUCACUUCUAGUUCGAUCAGGUCGGCCACUUCCAUCUAGCAUUUUAAACAACCAGCCAUUGGAGACUUCAAAGUUAGCCUCACCUGUAUCCCAAACCGUUGGAACGCCUAGUCCCUUUGUUACUGAUAGUCAUGGAAUUAAAGAGAAGUUCCUGGAUGAAUCGGUUAUUGUUACACCAUUUGCCCAGAUUCUAGCUGGUCUAAGAUCUGUACAAUCGAAUAUCGCCUUUCUUACUGCCCAGAAACAGUCUUCUAAAUCUAUUGUCGAUUUGGAAAGUUCUCGCACUUCAGGCGGUGAUAAAGAUCUCUCUUCUCCUGACUCAGCUGAAACCUAUGAACUUCUCGCGGAUACAACAAAGAAGGAGUUGGAAUGGUGCCUGGCUCAGCUGGAAAAUAUUCAAACUAAACGACCUGUUUCAGAUAUGGCGAGCACAAAGUUCAAGCGUCUGUUAAGCCAAAAACUCGGCAACUAUAGCAGCUCCGACAAAGCCCAAAAUCAAAUCUCCGAGUAUAUCUCCAAAACCUUCAUGGAUGAGUAUUCUGAGCGCGAUGAUAACGAUGGGGACGACGGUCGAAGUAGUUCAAAUGCUUUGGCGACAGUCAGUGAACUCAUGGAAGGUUCACGAACAGAUGUGACUGCCUACUCACUGGAAUGCUCUGUCGAUGGUGCGGAUUUACGACUUUCGAAAUCAUCCUCCAAGGGCGAUCAUCCAGAGGCAAAAUUGGAAGCUUCUAUUGCAAAUGCAGGAAACGAUAUUCAAGGUAGCGAUACCGACAGUCUUCCCUAUUUUGGAAUUAAAACUCCGGAUGAUGAAAAUUUGCGAAAAGUGUUGGACGCUUCCUUGGACAGUUGGAACAUUAAUAUGUUCGAUAUCGACAGUCUAUCGGGUCAACAUGCCCUCACAGUGGUAACCUAUAGGGUCUUCUCGAAACGAGGACUUUUCCAAACCUUUGGCAUUAACCCUUCUACUUUUGUAACAUACAUGCUUCGAUUGGAAGCGGCCUACCACAGUUCAAACCCUUAUCACAACCAUAUUCACGCAGCCGAUGUUGUCCAAGCUGUCCACGUGCUUCUUCAAGCUGAGACAUUAGCGAAUGUCUUCAGCGACAUAGAAAUCCUCGCAUCGAUUUUCGCCUCAGCCAUCCACGAUGUACACCACCCCGGUCUAACAAAUCAAUUUUUAGUCAACACAGGUCACAAAUUGGCUCUCCUAUAUAACGACGCCUCAGUUCUGGAGAACCACCAUCUUUCUGUGGCUUUCAAGCUUCUGAACGACCCUGGCUGUGAUAUUUUUCCAAACUUGACUCUCAAGCAGAGGCAAUUUCUUCGACGUUUAGUCAUUGAAUUGGUGAGUGCUUCUUUUGAAUUCCUUCUGUACCAGGAUGAACACUGA